AUGCGUCUGUUAAUCGAACGGCAGAAUUGGACAUUCGAACUCUCGUGCUCCAGCCACAAAAGCAAGUGUACUCUUAAUACCGGCGGCACCCAUCGGCCCGGUGCCCACGCGCCCGCUCUUCCUUUCUUCGCGGCAUCCACCUUGCCUGGCGGGUCCGAGCUGAGGCUCAACUGGUAUCCUCCGAAUUCGCUUGGUGACGAGGAGGAUAGUUCUGCUGUACCGGCCGAUCAGCAUAAGCCUUCGCGUGGCCGCAGCUUCCGCAAGAAGAUCGGCAGGAUAUUCCUCUCCUUUUCCCGAACACAACCUCCUGAGCUUCCCCCCGUCGAGCAGCGAGCAUCGGAAGGACGGUUAUUGCCAGAACUCUCGGAAGAUAUGGCCGAGCUCCCUGGCAGCUCUGGGCGGUGGGAACUCCCGGCCGACCAAACCUUCAAUGUGUUGCACUCAAGGCCUGUGCCCGGUUAUGCACAAGCUCAGCAAGCUUACGUGCCGGUCGUAAACCGUAGCGGACUUCAUCGUCGCCCUCUCCCUCGCCAAAGCCAAAGCCAAAGCAACGCUUCGUUCAACUACCCACCUCAACCGCCGACGCAAAUGCCGAGGCGGGCCUAUAAUCCUGCACAUAUCGCUCCCCCAUCAGCUUCAAUGCCGACAUCUCCAGUCUCACCGAUAGAUGAACACUCCGGCUACGCGUACCAACCAUUGAUCGCCAACAACUCGCAAGAGGCCGUGCUAUUACGUGAACAGCCCAGCAUCACCCCUCCUACGACGUCCACUUCUACUUCGAUGACAGUGUCACCGGUUAGUCCAACGGAUUCUGACAAUGCCUUUGGCAUCGAACACCAAUACGGGGCCUGGAAGGGCCCCAUGAGCGUCCAUCGAAGCUCAUUCUCGACGUCAACGGCGUUCCUCGCGGACCCCUUUUCUCCUCCGUGUGGAAACCAACGGCACGAACCUGACCUUGACGCCACGGUCUCCCCUGUUUCUACUCGGCGUAGCUCUCUCGCUCAUGGCCAUGGUGAACCCACCGCGGCGCUGCCAACUCCACCUGUAGCCACACCGCCCAACCCAGCUGCGGAUUUCAGUCCAUGCAAACCAUCUCCUCACAGCUUUGAUGCCGGCGAGCAUCACCCCUCUUAUCCAUCCUCGCAAGACUUCACCGGCUUCGCAUCGCCGGCUUCUCCACCCCCGAUUGGUCACUACAAUGUCGCUCAAUUCGAUAGCUUCCACCAGCAGCUGCAGGGGUCCGAACAGUCUUCGGCCUGGGAGCGUCGUGGCCACAUCAUCAGUCUCUCCCAGAUGGGGCGACUCUAUGAGCCCGAUCUCUUCAUGCAGCUAAUGCAGGACCAACCUGUGGGCUCUGGAAACGGCUUCGGUGAAACGUUGCCGUCCUACACCCCACAGAGCCCCGGCCUCACGCCUCAAGCCGACCAAUAUCAGGCUCAUCCCGCCAUCAAUCCAACACCGGAGAUGACAGCGAGCAAGAGAAAAAAGGGGACCUUCACGGGCGAGGGUUGCAUCAAAUGGUUCCCUCCUAUCAGGUGUGAUUACUGCGAUGCCGAAUUCAAAGGGACUUAUCAGAAGGGUAACAAACGGAGACACAUCAAAAACAUCCACACGCCUGAUGCGGGCGACGGCGAGGAAGGCAAGAAGUGUCGUGCUUGCGAAAAGAUCUACAAGCGCCCGGACGCGCGGAAGAAGCAUGAGUGGAAGAAGCAUCGCAUCUUGGACGCGCGUCCCGAGAAGAGACGCAGCGAGAAGAAGGAGAAGCGGAUCUACAUGCCCCGGAUGCCGGAGCUUCCUGGCGAGGUGGUAUACUGA